UGUGCGGGAGGUUGCGCUCUGCCGGUGGCAGUGCCCGGGGUACCCCCAAAGGAGCCAGCUGCGCCCUGGGGAUGCCCGUGGGGAGCAGGAGCCGUCGCUGAGCCCGUCCGUGCCUGCCGCGGCGAGGCGGCGCCCCCAGGAUGGGCGGCAGAAGACAUGAAUCCGUCCUGUAUCCUGCCCUCGCCUUCGCCAGCUUGGCGGCGGUCAUUUCAGCUAACACAGGCUUUUCUAUAUCCAUUUAUGAUGUGACAUCAAGAAGUGUUUAUCUCAGAUGGCCGAAGUUUUCAGGAGCUGUUUCUUACAGGGUAACAGCAAGCCCUGUGAACGUAGUGUGCCAUUCUGUAAUGGUUCAUUUCAGUGAUGUUACUCUUAUAGGCAUCCUAACUCCACUAACCCCCAAUACUAUCCACACUGUGAAAGUGGAAGCAAUUGAUGAGAAUGGAAUUAUCCUGGCUGAAGCACAGACUAUGCAGUUAACAGCUCCCGAGAUGCCCAUUAUUGAUCAAGCUUAUUCAAAACUGAGCAACAGUAUCACAGUGGAAUGGACAGCUGUCCCUGGGGCUACCAGUUAUCUGCUAACUGCACAAGAUGGGGAGUCUUUUAUUGAAACGAUUAUCACAAAUUCCCCAGGCACAGUGACAGGGUUGAAGGCUGCUACACUGUACAAAAUCACCAUCAGAUCUAUAAACUCUGGAGGAAAGAGCCAGCCUUCACCUUCAAGAAAGGCAAAGACAGUCCUGGCUGCUCCAGUUCUGUCUGCAAGUUCCCCAAGUUAUGACUCCAUCGUGGUGAGCUGGAGAGCUGUACAUAUGGCAGUUGGAUUCUCUGUGUCCAUAAUGAGAUCAGAUGGCUUGGGCAAUAUGGUGAAAGAGAAUACUACCAAUACCUCGUUGGUGUUUACCAGUCUAGAUUCAGGAACUCUCUAUACCAUCAAAGCUCAUGCCUGGAAUGUCAAUGGAAUACCUGGAGAUGAUUUCAUAUACAACCAAAGAACAAGUCCUCAAGCACCAGCAGAUGUUCAAGUAGUUUUUGAUAGUGGAGCUCUGAAGGCCAUUAUUUCUUGGACUCCAAAAGAGGGAAACUUCAAUUAUAGUGUGACGGCGUCCAACAGAGCCUCCAAACUGAAUUGUGUCACAUCCUCCACUUCCUGCUCCAUUGCCUCCCUCCACUGUGGAUCCGUGUACUCUAUUUGUGUCAUAGCAAGCAAUGAUGCUGGGUCCAGUAAGCCUACAGAUUCAGUGAGCCUUAAAACUGUCCCUUGUGCACCAGGAAGUAUAACAAUUGAAGAGGAUGAUCCUGGUAACCUGUCAGUGUCCUGGUCUAAUGUAGAUCUUGGUGAAUAUUAUGUAGUUUUUGUGAAAAGUGAUGAUGGCUUGGAGGUACAUUGCAACACAUCUCAUACCCAGUGCCACUUCCAGUCAGACUGCGGUUUCAUGUAUUUCAUUAGUGUUUUUGCAUACAACAAAGCAGGGCAGAGUCCCUCAGGUGAAGUACUCAAUUAUACUACUGCACCGUGUUGCCCUAGUGACAUUCAUCCAGUGUUUGUGUCCAGCGAUACAAUUGAGAUUGUUUGGUCUCCUGUCCGUGGUGCUGAAAUGUAUGAAACAAAAGCUGUUGAUUGGACUGGUGUGGUACUUUGUAACGACACUGCUACAGUUUGCACUCUGUCUUCACUGCAGUGUAACACCCAAUAUAACAUCACUGUUUAUUCUUUCAGUGAAAUCAGGGGUAGCAACACAUCCUGUGCAUCUAAAUGUGUGUUAACAGCCCCAUGCAGUCCUGAAAUAACAAAUAUCUCAAAGGAUGCGCUUUCCAUAAUUAGCGUGUACUGGCAGUCAAAUAAUGAUGAAGCUACAUAUAUUGUAACUGCCAGAGGAGAGGCUGGAUUGUGGCAUUGCACUAGUUCUGGGAAUUCCUGCUCCAUAACAAAUCUUCCCUGUGGAUCAGUCUUCUUUGUUAGUGUCGUGGCAAGUACAACAGUAGGACAAAGCUUACCUAGCUACAGCAUCCCUUUCGAAACCGCUCCUUGUUGCCCUAAUGAUCUGACAUUAACUCAACUGACGCAAUCUGUAACAAAUAUCAGCUGGUCUGCUGGGACUGGUGCACAGACAUAUGUAACAGUACUGGAAUCACCAAAAGGAUGGGCCAGGUGCCACACUCUCCAAAACCAGUGUCUCCUGGGAUGCAUCACAUGUGGCACCAACUAUACAGUGUCUCUGAAAGCAAUUAGUGAAACUGGCUUGACAUCAGACUGCAUGUAUCAAGGCUAUUCUUCCAGUGCUUGCUGUCCUUUUGGAGUGAAAUUAUAUAGAUUGGGCAAUAAUGGUAUCCGAAUAUACUGGAGGGCUUCUACAGGACUGAUAAACUAUACUACACAUCUAUAUGGAUCAAAAGGCAAUUUCACCUGUACCCCUAAGUCUGGUUUGAGGUUUUGUGAUGUCACUGAGAUACCUUGUGGGGAUAUCUAUACUGUGAUGGUAUCUCCAAUUAGUGAUAAGGGAACAAAGCCUCCAUUCUGUCCUAAAAAGAUAUACUCAGUGACAUGCUCUGGAAGUUCCGUUGGAAUGGUGAUUUAUAGAGGAAAGAGAAGUGCAGAAUAGCAUCAUUUUAGAUGGAGAUAAACAGACUAUGAUUAUGGACGACUUACAUGGGCACCUGAAAUCACCAAUGGAGGUCGCUUAUACAAAGCAGCCAAAUGAAACAUCAGACACUUCAUGUCAUUUCUUAAAAUGUACCAAAAAUACUGAUGUUUCUUAAUGAAAGUGGUUUUUAUUCACUUUUGCAGAAUUCUCUAAGAAAUGCUUGAAAAUAACUGAAUUAUAGUGCUUAAUAGUAAAGUUAUUUUCUAUUUAGAGUUUGAAAAGUUGGAAACAGAUAAAUAUUUCAUUUACAGUCCCCCCCCACCCUUCAAAAGCUAUUGUGAUAGUGUCUCUCACUUGUAGAGGUAACAGUAUUUUCAAAUGCGGUUGCCUAGAUUUAACCAAGUCCCGAGGUUGAUUUUUCAGGUUUCCACUCAAACCAGGACAGAACUUGGGCCAUAGUUUGUUUCAUGCACAUCUGAUAAUACUAUGCUCUGAUGUGCAUUUUAAAUUGAGUUUCAUAAUAAACUGUUUACUUCUGGAAUUCAGUAAAAAGGUGUUGGCUGUGUCUCAGUGUGCUAUUACAAUUUUUAUUCUGUGAGCAAAGAUUCUUUUAAAUUUUCCUUGAGGUGCAUUUGUUGAGGAAGGAAUACAUGACAUUUUUGCAUAGAAUUAUCUGCAGAGAAGCCAAGUAAAAUUAAAAGGAACUUUGUAGUUUCCUCUGAAUUCUUCAAAGGGUCAAGGCCGUGUUGGUUUUCUCCCCAAACAGGAUGAAACAGUGAAAUUUAGACACAGAACCCCACAUGUAUGGAAAUCAGGUGAAAGCUAGGUCCAUCCUAAUACAGGUCACAUACCUCUACAGAUGGUCCUGUGGGUCCAGCUCUCCUUCAAUGAAGGUUAGAGGAUGUAGUCUGGAGAUGGCACAGCCCAGGUAUUUAACUUAAAAUAAGUAACCGUAUCAAGAUUUGAAAAUACUACUUUGCAUAGGCCAUCUAAUCCUAGGACUUUAAAUCAGAAUUUUUGCCCUGUGACUGAAAAAGGGGCAUAAUUCCUUAUUUCCCAGACUUCUGAGCUGAAACCUGCUUCAGUAUAAAACAUACCAUGUUACAAUGUCACCCCCACAGUACUAUGCCAUGCUGUAAAGAGACACAUGAAACAUACCUUCAUACAGGGUCAGUUAGCCCAGGUAGCACUGUGAUAACAGGAUCACAGGGAUGGAAGGGAUCUCAUGAGGCCAUCCAAUCCAGCCCCCCAUACAAGGUAGGAUCACUUCUGACUAAACAGUUGCAGUCAGGUAUCUGUAUAACCAUCUCUUGAAAACUUCCAAGGUUGGAGAUUCCACAACUUCUCCAAUGCCUGACCACCUAGUCAUAGGAAGUUCCUCCUAAUCAUCAACCUAAACGCCCUCUGCUGUAGUUUAAGGCCUUUGCUCCUAGUCCUGUCCUCUAUGGCCACAGAAAAUAGUACAUCUCCAUCCUUCUUAUAACUGCCCUUUAAGUAUUGGAGCAUUACCAAAACCCAUCUUUUCUCCACACUAAAUCCUAGUUCUUUCAGCCUUUCCUUGUAAGUCAUGUUUCUCAGCCUUUAAUAAUUUUUGUUGCCCUCUGUUGUAACUUUUUCUAUCUGUCCACAUCUGUCUUAAGGUGUGGGGCCCAAAACUGGUUAUGGUACUCCAAGUGAGACUUCACUAGUGCUGAACAGAGCAGAAGAGAAUGACUUCCUUUAAUCAGAAGUGCCACUUCCAAAUCAUACAGCCCAGAACGUUUUUGUUGGAUUUGUUUUGCAACAGUGCAGUACUGGCCCUUAUUCAGCUUAUGACCUACUGCAACUCCUAGGGCCAUUGCUGCAGUAUUCCCCUAGCUCAGUGUUUCCCAACCAGUGUGCUGUGGCACAAAAGUAUGCCAUCAGAAAUGAAGAGGUGUGCUGCAGAAUUUUGCCAUGGAAUACCUUAACAAGUGUGCUGCGGAAAAAUGUUAUUAAUGUAAGUGGGCCGUGGACUGGAAUAUGUUGGGAAAUAUUGCCCUAACUGAUCAUUCCCCAGUCUGCAUGAUAUUAUUUCACCCUGAGAGCAGGACUCUGCAGUUGCCCGUGCUGAACUUCAUGCAUGAUUUCAAACCAUUUCUCUAGCUCAUUCAAGUUACUCUUGAUCCGAGUUCUACACUCCAGAACAGCAGCUGGCAACCUUAAAAACCUGCACACUGUACCAACUCAAUCUGGGUCAAAGGCAGUGGGGCGGGAAGUUCCAGAUACUGCCAGCACUUCCUUUGCAGUGGCAUGGGAAGGUCAUGUGCAGCCAGCCCUUUUUCCUUGCAGCUGCAUGGGAAAAUAACUGCUGCUGAGUCCCCACCAUCAUGGAACCCCCAUGUCCACAAGCCCAGUCAAAUGGCUUUGCAGGCUUGAUCUGGCCCAUGGUCACAUAUUGCCAACCCCUACUCCAAAAUGUCCUCAACUCAACCCAAUUUGGCAUUAUCUACAAAUUUGCUAAACAUGCACUGAAUUCAUCCUCCAAAUCAUUUGUGGUGUUAAAUAAUACUGACCCAGGACAGACGCUUGGGGAACAGUACUUGAGAGGAGGAAUACCUCCUCGCAAGCAGACACUGAACCAUUGAUGACUACCCAUUGAGUGCUAUGAUCCAACCAGUUAUGCAUCCAUUUUACAAUACUUUCAGCUAGUCUGUAUUUCAAAGCCUUGCUAACAUCAAGGUACUUCACAACCACCACACCACCUCCAUCAUUCAUUCAUCUAUGAAUCUAUAUCCCUGCGCUCUUUCCUGCCCAGGACAGGGGUUUGGAUUCUAUGAUCUACUGAGGUUCCUUCCGACCCAAACAUCUUGGUGAAUCC